GGCUUGGGCGGGGCAGGCGGCUGGCGCGCAGGCGCGGGACGGGGGCCUCGCCCCUGCCGACGUCGCAGGCUGGAGCUCACCUGGGAGACUCCGGGAGGAAGCGGAGCCUCGGUUCGGCCUCUCCUGGCAACGCAGGAAGCCCAGCGGGAAGGCAGGAGGCGGUGGCGGAGGAGGAGCUGGACUGAGCGGCAACUGUAGCGACAGCAACCGGGGCCGCCGCCGCCGCCACCUGCACCUGGCGCCCGGCCCACGUCCAGCGCCGCCCGGCCGCGGCUUCCCGCCGUCCCGCCUUGCCCACCCGCCAGGUAUUACAAUUUAAGGAAAACUUCUUGCCAGCAAAUCUAUGAUAAAAAAUAUAAGUAACAGAGGAAACUAUAACUGUUAUUUGUCAAGUGACAAGCUUUUAAUGUCAGAAUGGCUCAUGUAAAGCGACUAGUAAAAUUACACCUUAAAAGACAUUACCAUAAAAAGUUCUGGAAGCUUGGUGGAGUAAUUUUUUUCUUUAUAAUAUUUUUGAUUUUAAUGCAAAGAGAAGUAAGUGUUCAAUAUUCCAAAGAGGAGUCAAGGAUGGAAAAAAACAUGAAAAACAAAAACAAGGUGUUAGAUUUAAUGCUAGAAGCUGUAAACAAUAUUAAAGAUGCAAUGCCAAAAAUGCAAAUAGGAGCACCUGUCAGGCAAAACGUUGAUGCUGGUGAGAGACCUUGUUUGCAAGGAUAUUACACAGCAGCAGAAUUGAAACCCGUUCUUGAUCGCCCACCUCAGGAUUCUAAUGCACCUGGUGCUUCUGGUAAAGCAUUCAAGACAACCAAUUUAAGUGUUGAAGAGCAGAAGGAAAAAGAACGUGGAGAAGCAAAACACUGUUUUAAUGCUUUUGCAAGUGACAGGAUUUCUUUACACCGAGAUCUUGGACCAGACACUCGACCUCCUGAAUGUAUUGAACAAAAAUUUAAGCGCUGUCCUCCCCUGCCUACUACUAGUGUCAUAAUAGUUUUUCAUAAUGAAGCGUGGUCCACACUGCUUAGAACUGUCCACAGUGUGCUCUAUUCUUCACCUGCCAUACUGCUGAAGGAAAUCAUUUUGGUGGAUGAUGCUAGUGUAGAUGAGUAUUUACAUGGUAAACUAGAGGAAUAUAUAAAACAAUUUUCUAUAGUAAAAAUAGUCAGACAAAGAGAGAGAAAAGGUCUGAUCACUGCACGGUUGCUAGGAGCAACAGUAGCAACAGCUGAAACGCUCACAUUUUUAGAUGCUCACUGCGAGUGUUUCUAUGGUUGGUUAGAGCCUCUGCUGGCCAGAAUAGCAGAGAACUACACUGCCGUCGUGAGUCCAGAUAUUGCAUCCAUAGAUAUGAACACGUUUGAAUUCAACAAACCUUCUCCUUAUGGAAGUAACCAUAACCGUGGAAAUUUUGACUGGAGCCUUUCAUUUGGCUGGGAAUCACUUCCUGAUCAUGAGAAGCAAAGAAGGAAAGAUGAAACCUACCCAAUUAAAACACCCACUUUUGCAGGAGGCCUUUUUUCCAUAUCAAAAGAGUAUUUUGAAUAUAUUGGAACUUACGAUGAAGAAAUGGAAAUCUGGGGAGGUGAAAAUAUAGAAAUGUCUUUCAGAGUAUGGCAAUGUGGUGGGCAGUUGGAGAUUAUGCCUUGCUCUGUUGUUGGACAUGUUUUUCGCAGCAAAAGCCCUCAUUCCUUUCCAAAAGGCACUCAGGUGAUUGCUCGCAACCAAGUUCGCCUUGCAGAAGUCUGGAUGGAUGAAUACAAGGAAAUAUUUUAUAGGAGAAACACAGAUGCAGCAAAAAUUGUUAAACAAAAAUCAUUUGGUGAUCUUUCAAAAAGAUUUGAAAUAAAGCACCGCCUUCAAUGUAAAAAUUUUACAUGGUAUCUGAACAAUAUUUAUCCAGAAGUAUAUGUGCCAGACCUUAAUCCUGUUAUAUCUGGAUAUAUUAAAAGCUUUGGUCAGCCUCUAUGUCUGGAUGUUGGAGAAAAUAAUCAAGGAGGCAAACCAUUAAUUUUGUAUACGUGUCACGGACUUGGGGGAAACCAGUACUUUGAAUACUCUGCUCAACAUGAAAUUCGGCAUAACAUCCAGAAGGAAUUAUGUCUUCAUGCUGCUCAAGGUCUCGUUCAGCUGAAGGCAUGUACCUACAAAGGUCACAAGACAGUUGCCACUGGAGAACAGAUAUGGGAGAUCCAGAAGGAUCAACUUCUAUAUAAUCCAUUCCUAAAAAUGUGCCUUUCAGCAAAUGGAGAACAUCCAAGCUUAGUGUCAUGCAAUCCAUCAGAUCCACUCCAAAAAUGGAUUUUUAGCCAAAAUGAUUAAGUGUUCCUUAAAAUUAAGGAGUUGAAAAAGGAGAUAUUCUUUCUGAUAAAACUGUGACUAGGCAUACACUGUAGUUUUUGAAAAUUAUGCAAAAGCAGCUAAUUAUAACUUAUUCCAAGUGCAUUUUUCUUAUUUAUAUCUUAAAAUGUCUAUGUAGCACUGCUACAGAAAUCCCUUAAGUUUCCGUUUCAAAGCACAAUAGCUAAUAAUACCAAAGACUAUUUUGAAAUAUCCAGAUGUAGGGGAAGAGAUGUUUACAGUAUGAUGAAAGUAAUUUUCCAAAUAAACUGAUAUUUGUGUGUUUUGUACACUUGAGGAUAUGCAUAGCUACCUUCACACACUGAUGAUUUAAAAUAUUUCUUCUAGUUUUUUGGGGGGUGGGAGAAAGAUUUGAUACUGUAUUUUUUUAACUACAUAGAAAUGGAUCAAUGAAGGUCAAACAUUGGCUUUUGUGUACAAACCAGGAAAUUUUUAUAGAUCUAGAAUUUAUUAUAUAAAAAUACAGGUAAACUUAUUUUGCCUUAUGUUUCCUUAAACAUGAAAUUAAAUGAAUAAGGAGAAGAAUAUUUUUAACAUUUCACUUUCUUGGCAAAUUUUACAAUAUUUUUUAGUCUGAAGCCCACUUGACCUGAAGCACUUAAGUCUUCCUUAAAAGACAUUUCUUAAAUAACUAUACUGUGUGUUUUCCCAAAGCAAUUAAAAAACAAUUUAUAAGUUACUGUCUAUUGAAAAGUUGUCCUUUUCCUUUCUCCUAGUCUUUUUUCUUGUCAAAAUUCACCAAUCUUGAAUGUUUGUGAAAUUGAAUUUCAAAUGCAGAAUACCUGACUCAUUUAAAGCUAAAUUUUAUAUGUUACUGUUUCAGUUAUAGAUUGUCUUGGUAAUGAAUUUUUUCUCAUCAAAAAAAUAUUUCUUAUUUCUAUCUAUUUGGAAAACACAAUAAAACAAAUCCUUUUCACUAUUG